UGUGAUUGACCAUCUAGUCCCCCACCGAUGUUAGAUGCAUAGCAUCCAAAGCGCUCAUCUUGUUGGGGUGUUUAAAAGAUGCCCACAUUAGAAAGUCAACUAAUUCGACUCAAAAUCGGCAGAAAACUCAAGAUCAGCCAUCAGGAACUUGGGGGAAGUAGAGCGAGCAAGUAUUGGGUGCGCCCGGGUGCCGGAGCUAUCUGUGCACCACAAGCUCCGGAUAGUGCAAGUCCCAUGUGAACCCAGUUGAAUCAAGGGCCGAGGUAAUCGGCCAUGGGUGCACCAUAAAAAUUUGCAGAGCAUGGGGCAGAAAGAUUGCCAAGUGGGACGAGAACUAGAAGCACCUUGAAAGGCUACUGCGUUGAAGUUUUGCCUUAUGGGCAUGUUGACCUUGACUCGUUCAUUAGAUAACACGCUAAGGACAGCCUGUCCAAUAAGGGAGUGGCCCUUGAACUUGACAUUUGAGGACAAAUUGAAUUGAUCACAGCAAGCAGAUAAGAUAGAACGAGAAGGGGGAAUGAGAAGAAUCCAAAGUUGAUUAAUUAAUGUGGAAGGAACAGCACAGAGCAAUAUGAGCUCACCUUGCAUCAGGGAGGCCUCAGAAGCCUGCUUUCAUGGUUGCUCUCCCUUUGCCGGCCUUCCAGGAGCACCGGCCGAGAAAUCCGUGACUGGAGCCGCCGCAUUCCGGCACGACUUCCUUAUUGCCACCUCCUCCUCUCUCCACCCAAACUCGCAAUUCACUAACCACGAGUCCCUCCCUUCAUUGCACGAAUCGUUUUCCUUGUUCACAAAUGCAUUUCCCCAAUACGAGCAGACGGAAAAGGCGGAUGAGUUCCGAGCCAAUGAAUAUCAUCAUCUCUCUGCGGCUAACCAUGUUUGCCUCGACUACACAGGUCAUGGCCUCUUCUCGUAUUUGCAGAAGAUCGACCAUCUUCCUGCGACUUCAAUAGCCUCUUCAUCCUCUCAUCCUCCGCCAUCGCAUUCAUCCUCGCUGGAAUCGCCCUUCCUCGAGAUUUCGUACAAGUCAGUGAACUUGGGCUCACAGAUACUUCAUGGCGUCCAAGAGUCUGAAAUCGAAUCCAGAAUCAGGGAAAGAAUCAUGGCCUUCAUGAACGUUUCAGAAACUGAUUAUGCCAUGUUUUUCACCGCUAACCAGUCAUCUGCUUUUAAGCUUCUUGCAGAGUCAUAUUCCUUCCAUUCUAAUGCCGAUCUCCUGACAGUGUAUGACCAUGAAAAUGAGGCAGUAGAAUUGAUGCUAGAGAGUGCGAGGAAGAGGGGGGCACACACCAGAUCGGCCGAAUUCUUGUAUCCGAGAAUGAGAAUCCGGUCAGAAAAAUUAAGGAAGAUGAUAAUUGGUAGUAAGAGGAACCGGAGAAGAAGAGGGCUGUUCGUUUUCCCGCUUCAAUCAAGGAUCACUGGGGCUCCAUAUUCAUACUCAUGGAUGAGAAUGGCACAGGAAGAAGGUUGGCGUGUUCUGCUCGAUGCAUCUGCAUUGAGACCUAAGGACAUGGACACUUUAGGUCUCUCUCUCUUCAAGCCCGACUUCCUCAUUUGCUCGUUCUACAAGGUUUUCGGGGACAAUCCGUCUGGUUUCGCUUGUUUGUUUGUCAAGAAAUCGAGUGCUUCAAUCCUACAGGAUUCAGAUGCAACUAGAAGUAUAGGGAUUGUGAGUCUAACCCCUGCCACGACAUCUUUUUGUCAUUUUCAGGAAUCUGCCCAAGAAGGCAUCAGUCAGAGAUCAAGUUCGGGAUUAUUUCAGUUGCAAAAAAAUGACAUUAUAUCCGGAAUGGCGCCUAAAGAAAUGUAUUACGGAUCGCCUGAGUUGCAUUCAUCUGUGGUGGACAAUGUAACACCAGAGGCAGUGUCAUCUUCUGAGAUUGAAGAAGUAGAGACACCCUUUAAUUCUGCCAGAUCGAGAAUUACUGAGACCAGCUUUGAUGGGAGCUUGGAGAUUGAGUUUCGAGGCCUUGAUCAUGCAGAUAGAUUGGGCAUAGUAAGUAUAAAUUGCAGAGCAAGGUGCCUGAUCAACUGGCUUGUGAAUGCGUUGCUGAGCCUGAAACAUCCGGAUUCAGCCACUGUACUACUUCCCCUGGUCAUGAUCUACGGGCCAAAGGUCAAAUUCGAAAGAGGACCAACGGUUGCGUUCAAUGUGUUCGACUGGAAAGGGGAGAAGAUCGAUCCCGUGCUCGUGCAAAAACUUGCCGAUAGAAACAAUAUUUCCCUCACCUGUGGAUUUCUGCAACACAUAUGGUUCUCGGACAAGUAUAAAGAGUGGGAGAGGACGUUGGAGACCAGAACAAGUGUGGCGAAAGGGACGGAAUCGAGAAGGAAGAGGGACGACCGCCGCGGUCUAUCGGUUGUCACGGUUUCACUUGGUUUCUUGACCAAUUUCGAGGAUGUGUAUAGGCUGUGGGCAUUCAUUUCGAGGUUCCUGGACGCGGAUUUUGUCGAGAAAGAGAGGUGGAGAUACACGGCCCUGAACCAAGAGACGGUCGAAGUCCACUGGCAAUGUAAGAACCGACCAACGAAUUCACCAUUGGAUGCUUGACAUGUAAAAUGGACAUGGUUGUAUUAUCAUCUCCAGUCGCACAUUGUCGAUCAUCUAAUUCUGAGCGUGAAAA